UCCUGGUUUCACUUGAACGAGAGCCGCUUCAGUUCACCGGGACACCGGGAAAGAUAAAGCUGUGGGGGCUGUGGAGCAGCGGAGGGGGCUCACGCGCUCUGGUUCCACUCGGAUUUUGUCCGCGCCGAGCCGCCGUACAGAUGGGGGAUCACGUGUCCAAACGGCUGAAGCUGUCGGCGGAGACAGACAUGGAAGAGCGCUGCUUCCAGAACCCGUACCCGGACUGGGACCAGAGAGCUGCCGGGCCCGCUGCCGAUCCGGAGGCGGAGCCCGGCGAGCUGCCGGACGCGGAGGGUCAGGUGAGCGCAGCUUUCCAGAGGAAAGUCCAGAGUAAGGUCAAGGAUCUCCUGCAGCAGAUGGAGGAGGGCCUGAAGACUGCUGACCCUCAUGACUUCUCCACAUACACCGGCUGGACAGGAAUCGCCUUGCUGUACCUCCAGCUUCACCGGGUCACGCAUGAGGCCUCCCACCUGCAGAGGGCGCUGGACUACGUGAAGAGAGCCAUGAGGAUCCUGAACGGCCGCAGAGUCACCUUUCUCUGUGGCGACGCCGGGCCUCUGGCUGUUGGAGCCGUCGUCCACCAUAGACUCAACAACACUGCAGACAGCAAAGAGUGCCUGAGCAGGCUCCUCCAGCUGCAGCGCUCCGUGCUGAGCCCAGACGCCGAGCUGCCGGAUGAGCUGCUGUACGGCCGCGCCGGAUACCUGUACGCUCUGCUCUACGUCAACAAGGAGAUCGGAGCUGAUGCUGUGGAUCAGAGCACCAUUACAGAGGUGGUGACGGCCAUUGUGGAAUCGGGGAAGAACCUGUCAGCAGAGCAGAAGAAGGCGGAGCGCUGCCCGCUCCUCUACGAGUGGCACAAUAAGCAGUACAUCGGAGCGGCCCACGGCCUGGCUGGCGUCUACUACAUGCUCAUGCAGCCUGCAGCUCAGCUCCCCGCAGACGUGCUGUCAGAGCUGCUCCGCCCUAGCAUCGACUACGUUCGCCACAAGAGGUUCCGAUCCGGCAACUUCCCGUCGUCGCUGAGCAACGAGAGCGACCGGCUGGUGCACUGGUGCCACGGAGCGCCCGGCGUCAUCCACAUGCUCAUCAUGGCCUACAAGGUGUUCAAAGAGGACAAGUACCUGAAGGAGGCUGCAGAUUGUGCCGAAGUGAUCUGGCAGCGCGGCCUGCUCAGGAAAGGCUACGGCAUCUGCCACGGAACCGCUGGCAACGCCUACGCUUUCCUGUCCCUUUACAAGCUGACGCAGGAGAAGAAGCACCUGUACCGCGCCUGCAAGUUCGCCGAGUGGUGCCUGGACUACGGGACCCACGGCUGCAGGAUCCCCGACAGACCCUACUCUCUGUUUGAAGGUAUGGCGGGGGCCAUUCACUUCCUGUCAGAUGUGGUGAAGCCGGAAGCUUCCUGCUUCCCUGCCUUUGAACUUUAAGCUGCAAACCUGCUGAAGAUCACGAGGAGGAGGAGUAGGAGGAGGAGGAGCAGCGUGGAAGUGAGCUGUGGUUCUGAGCCGGAUCACAGGAACACUUUGAGAACCCGCCUGUUGUCCAGUUUGACUGAGGAGUCCUCUAGCGUGCUCGUGUGUCUUGUUGGUCUUUGUGUAUCUGCAUGCUCUCUAUGCUCCUCCCACCUCAGCUUUUACUGAAGAUAAAGUCUCUUCUGACCCCGCCCCCCACCCUGGAACAUGCAUGCUGGGAAGCUUCACGUCUGCAAGUCAAACGAAGGAGACGAUCAUCACUUCCUGCAGCAAACAGGACAGAAGCCAGGUGCCCAGAGAAGUGCACGUCUCAUGCACGGUUCCUCUCCUGUCCUCCUGUCACUGUGGGGGGGUCAGAUCGGUGCUGCACCGACAUGGAGCCAGAGCGCCGCCUCUGGAGUCCGACAGCGCCUGAAUGCUUCGCUCUCCGACACGAAUGUGGCUGCAGCGGCCCGUGACCCGCCGCGACCUCAGGUUCACUCCAGUGAGGAUGACUGCGGCGGCUCUUCAUCUCGUCCUGUAAAGUCCUGGAUGUCUGUGAGCCGGAAUGUGUUUAGAAUAAAGUCCAGUCCUGAG